CUCACUCUAGCAUGGUCUGCUUUCGGCGCCGAAUCUGAGCGGAGCAGGCGGUGUCGCGAGCGUGACGUAAUCGCUAGGCGCCGUGAGAGUGCGGAGGGAGUCUUGACCUCUUCAGCGUGCGGUGCUACGCCGCAAUGUUGCGGCUAGUCCGGGCCGGGGCGCGGGCCUGGCUUCUGCCCACAGGCUGCCGGGGCCUGAACGCACUGGUGGAAGAGGCAGUACAGCCGCCGGAGAAGCCAGAGCCUGUGGCGAGCGCGGGUCUCCAGGCACCGGUGCUGCGCAAGUGCGAGCUCCCGGUACCCGCACACCGACGUCCUGUGGAGGCCUGGAUCGAGUCCCUGCGGGGCUACGAGCAGGAGCGCGUGGGCUUGGCCGAGCUGCACCCUGACGUUUUCUCCACGCCGCCCAGGCUGGAUAUCCUGCACCAGGUGGCCGUCUGGCAGAAGAACUUCAAAAGAAUUAGCUAUGCCAAGACCAAGACUAGAGCUGAGGUGCGGGGUGGCGGCCGGAAGCCCUGGCCACAGAAGGGCAGUGGACGCGCAAGGCAUGGCAGCAUCCGCUCACCGAUCUGGCGAGGAGGAGGCGUUGCACAUGGCCCCCGGGGCCCCACAAGCUACUACUACAUGCUGCCCAUGAAAGUGAGGGUGCAGGGCCUCAAAGUGGCGCUGACCGUCAAGCUGGCCCAGGACAACCUGCACAUCGUGGACUCCCUGGAGCUACCAACCGCAGACGCUCAGUACCUGAAGGAGCUCGCCUGCUACCGCCGCUGGGGGGAUUCUGUGCUCCUGGUGGACUUAGCACAUGAGGACAUGCCUGAGAAUAUCGUGACAGCCACAUCUGGGCUUAAGACCUUCAACCUUGUCCCAGCUGUGGGCUUGAACGUGCACAGCAUGCUGAAGCACCAAACGCUGGUCCUGACCCUGAGGACUGUCGCCUUCCUGGAGGAGAAGCUGCUCUGGCACGACUCACGCUACACGCCCCUGUACCCCUUCCGCCUACCCUACUGUGACUUCCCCUGACCCCCCGCCCUGUGCCCCAGGGCCCAUCCACUGCCUGCCUUCCUGUACCGCUCUUCAUACCGGGUGCCUGCUCUGAGCCAGGCGGAGCCCUGGCCAUUUGGGGGCCUUGCGCCCACUCUGUGAGAGCAGCGCUCCCCGGGCUCCCAGUAGGAAGCUGGGCCGGGAAGAGGGGCGGGGCCAGCCAGGCAGGUGUCCUGACUGGGAAGGGGCAACUCAGCAGAGCCUGGUUGAGCUCCUGCCCAUUUCUCUUUUUUUCUGUUUUUAAGAUAAACUUUAUUUUUUAAUUACAAAAGAGAAACAACAGCUCAUUGCCAUGUUGUGAAUAAUUCCAUUUGUCAAGUUGGGCUGUUUCCCUGGUGCUGGGCACCGCCAGUACCUCUCUCCUCAAGUGCGGCCUCAGUGCUGUUUACAGGAAUGACCCUGAAUCACCUUCCCUCGGGUGACUCAGCCCCCAGGAACUCACAGAAGAGCAGGAACCUGCUCCUGGCACCUCCUGGCUCCCAGGCACUGUCAUGCCUGCUUUCCUGAUGGGGUCUGUGGUCCCCUUUGUUAGGGUCCUUCAGUUCAAUGUGCGGGCUUGAUUCCACGACUAGAUGCCAUAUGCAAACCCAAGCUUCCAUCACAGUGAUGUCCCCGAACACAGAUUCAGAGUCAGUGUGGUCAAUAAACGAGAAUAAACACAUUUUUGUAAAAACAUCAAA